AUGGCAACAGGAGCGCAACCCACGGAUGAGGGACCCUCCGCUCCUCUACCGACCUCUGAUUUCGUCAACAGCCACUUCUUUGAUGAAUAUUUUGCGCCCCCAUCCUUCAACCAUGAUGUCUCGCCAAAGGCAGUGCCGGAGAUCACGACGGCUCAACGACGUGAAGAUUUGUUUGACCAUGUCAUGAACAAGAUCUCGAGUGCCGGCACUAGCACCACCAUUGAACGUCUCAAGCAGGAUCUGCUGAAGACAUUUUUUGACCAGAUUACGGCGUGCAAGUAUGGAGUGGAAGAUGAAGAACGAACCAUCCUCCACUGGAUCGCACACAAGAUCAAGUUCGAACGCAUUCGAGAAUCCGACCCAAAGUUCAAGGCCGCAGGACUCUUGGCUGAGAUAGCGACUUCUAUGGACCCAAAGAUGCUGUCUUUGCGAGACACGGAGAAAAAGUCAACACCUAUUCACAUGCUCAUCAGUUGCGCCAAAUCCUCCGAAACAGGGAUUGGGGAGAUCAUCCUCGCCAUGUGUCGUGCCGCCGAGAAGGACUCGCCCGAAGGAAAGAAGUACGCCUCGGAAGCCAUCUCGAUGCAGAACAAGGACAAUGAAAACUGUCUGCACAUGGCCAUAAAAAAGGAACUGAGUAUCACUAAGGACCUUAUUACGUUGGCGUCAGCGCAAGCGGUUGUUGCCGUCUGCAGCAUCGAUGGCAACACGCCGCUCCACGACGCCGUAGGUCCCAACCGUUUCGCCUACAGGAAACAGGUUUGCGGGGCGAAUCCACGGCCGUGCGAAAAGUGCCAAGCUAUACAGGCCCAGAUGGAUAGAAGCAAAGGGCGAGUUAUGAAGGAUAUCGUUGCCUUGAUUGUCAAAAACCCGAAAGCCUUGAGAAGCAAGAACAAGGAAGACCUCUCCCCAUAUCUCCUCCACAAACAAUCCCGUGAGCCAGUGCGACCGGCUGCGCCCACAAACAAAUCAAGUCUCACUCUUAUGGACAAAGAUGACUCGAUACGGGGCUUGGGAGAUACAGGGAAGCAAAAAUGCAAAACAGUCCCUUCGAACGACUUGGAUGAGGAGAUUGAGAGGUACUUGGUUGAGAGCGCAUUCGAUCUUGGGGGCUUUGAGGAAGCGUGCGACUGCUUCUUCGGCGACAAGACCCAUUUGAAGGGGAAGGACUCAGUAUUUCGUCCAGAACGCCCCUUGAGCGGGCUCGACAGUGACAAUAUGUACCCGUUCUUCAACUGCGGCACUACCCUGGCUCAAGUAGAUCUCAGUAUCGACCCUACGGACAGCAAGGGGAGUGCUGCCAGCAACGAUACCAUCCAAGUUGAAGAUGCUAGAAUCGCUCUGUCCAGGAUCUUCGAGAUGCUCAAGAAGAAGAAUGUCAAGCGCAUCUUGAAGCUGAAAGUGCGAGACAACACAAAGACGCCAUGUAGCGAUGAUUUCAUCGAAAACUGUCUCCGCCCGUUUGAUAUUCGCUAUCUUGACUGGAACAAACCCGACCUCUGCGCAGACGUUGUUAUCAGGAGUACUCCAAGGGUUACGGGACUUUGGCUUUACGCUACUGGAAAUAAUGCCGUACUCCGUAGUUGGGCGGGCAGCAACGGCCUCUCCAACUUACUACAGCUGAGAUCGGUCCAUGUCCAGUCAAAAGUGGGAUUGGAAAGCUACUCCAACCACCUCGCGGCCGUGGGGGCAUUCAAGAGGGACCUGCGAGCAAGUAUUGAGGUCGUUCGGAAACUAAAGAUUAUGGCCAUGGGGCAAAUGCAACAUCAAACUAUCAUGGGGCAGUACAAGUCUUACUCAGACAACGCCCGCCAACAUCUCCAGGAGGUACAAUCUCCGUUGGAGCCCUCACAAGAUAAGCAGCUUUGGCAAGCGAGGCUUGAAUGGGCGGAAGCGGCAAUGGCAAAAGGGGAAGCAAUUGGGACGAAGUUAACGGCCGGGGUCACGAUGCUUUUGCAGAGGAAAGAGGCCAAUCUUCAAGACAUCAUAAACCGACUCGGGCUGCAGCAGCAGCCACAAGAUCAGAAGAAAGCACCCACUGACGAAAUAGAUAUUUCAGAAUUGCAGCAAUGGGGCAUUCAGUCAUUGGGUGUCCUGGAAUCCACUACCAACUUCGUUGCGCUGCGGUUCCGGGCCGAGUCCAAGAUAGAUCAGCCGGUAACAGGAUCUGGACACAAGCUGACGAAGAAGUCGUCUGACAAAUACGAUGACUCGUCGUGCAAGCCACAUCAAUGGGUAGAGAGCCUCGAGAGAUUCGUCUCGGAUCACGUCCAGCGUAGCGACAGAGGAGCCAGAGUCAAGGUGGGCUUAAUCGACGACGGUGUCGAUGUUCACCUGGGAGAUCUCAAGGACAAAGUCAAGGCCGGCUGGCCAACUGAGAAGCCUACAAGCAGCCGGGUGCCUUUCUACCAGUCGGCUGAAGGCCACGGCACCACAAUGGCUCGCCUCAUCGCGACAGCUUGUCCACACGUCGACUUAUAUGUCGCCAAGCUCGAGUCUCUCAACAGAGUAAUCUUGCGGGACGAGCCUGGGAAGCUAAUUGACAAUGCCAAUAGGAAGGAUUGGAUCUCUACAGCCGACGAGGCUGCCUCGGCAAUCAAAUGGGCCCGGGAGCAAAAGGUCGAUAUCAUCUCAAUGAGCUGGAGUUUCAUCGCCACCACGCAAAACCAGGCGCAUCUCGAACGCCUUACCCAGGAACUUCAGUCAGCUGCCAACGAGCACAUCAUUCUGUAUUGCGCCGCAGCGGACCAAGGCAUGUACGGCUCGAGGAAGUCGCUGUAUCCGGCAAACGCCGGCGCGAACAUUAAAGUCGUGGGCUCGGCGACGGAAACCGGGCACAGCUCCAGCUUUGUGAACCAGGGGCUGGUCGACUAUCUCUUUCCGGGAGAGGAGAUUAAGGGCAUUGGCAACAGAAAAGGCAGCUCGGCCGCCACGGCGCUGGCAGCUGGGUUCGCUGCCUUGGUCAUUUGGUGCCAUGAAGUGCACUUUAAGUCGAACCCGGAGAAGAGGGCGUGGAUAAAGAAGGCCGAGAGAAUGGAUAGCCUGUUUCAAGGGAUGCAGAACUUGGCCACCAAGCCAGAUGCGCCGCAGAGUGGGUGGGUAGAUGCCAGCUUGGUGUUGGAUGAAGGGGACAUUAAGCAGGUGAUUGACUUCGUGGACCGUGAGGUUAAGAGGGGCGUCAGCUCUAAGUAA